UGCUGUCUAACCUGGUGGAUAUAUAUCAUAACCAUCUAUGUCUUCCCACAAAGCACUAGAUCCAGAAUCUGAAACAUCAAACCUCUAGUACUCCUCUUACUUGUUGCUUAUUCAGAACCCUCACUCUAAGCUGCAGCCAUGAUCAACCCAAAAAGGCUAAUCCCAAUGGCAAAGAAGUGGCAAAGAAUGGCUGCAAAUAAGCCUAAGAGGAUUUCAUGUCCAAAAAGUGAUGUAGGUUUGCAGUCUUCAGUGGCCAAUAAAGGCCAUUUUGUUGUAUACACCACUGACAAUAAAAGGUUUGUGGUUCCCUUGGAAUAUCUCAGCAAGAAUGUCUUUAGGGAGCUCUUGAGAAUGUCUGAGGAGGAGUUUGGACUACCCAGCAAUGGACCAAUCAGAUUGCCUUGUGAUAGUACUUUAUUGGAGUAUGUUAUUUAUUUGGUUCAAGCACACAUGGCUGAAUAUCUGGAGAAGGCUUUGCUCACUUCAAUGGCAAAGUGUCACUGCUCCUGCUCGGCUUCAUAUUGCAUUGCUUUAGGACAGAACCAACAGCAACCCCUUAUUAACGGCUUUUGAAGGAAUGCCCAUCUCUAUAUUCUUUUGGAAUUCUUGUAUUAUGCAGAAGAAGAUCACUCGGUUCUGUAAAUUUAGCAGCAGGAAAUUUUGUUACAUGAUGAACAUUUCUUCAUAAGAUGUUAUUAACCGUUAAAUAGUUCGUUAUAAACAUCCUUGUGCUGUAUUGAACAUAUGUUCUCCCAAAGAUGUUGCUAGAGCAUUGCAACUAUGGAAGCAAGGCUUUGUUUCUAGGGUUUGGUUUGGGUUCCUGUUAAUGACAAAUGAAUUCAGGUUUUGGAUGGUAGGCCUUAGGAUGAUGAGCUUAGAAUCUCAGUUGAGCUGAAA